UGUUAAUAUAUGCAAAUACAGCCGAAGUGACUAUAAAAGUUUACAUUUACGUAUCUUGGGUUCUCAGUACUUCGGCGGUUUUCAAAAUGUUAAGACCGGUUAUUUUUCUGUUGCUAGUAACGGCUGUUUACUCGCAGCUCAGAUGGCGCUUACUUUCAGCGACCAAUGACUCAGACUUGUUUCCUAAGCCUCGGAGAGAUUCGUCCAUCGGAUUUGACCGAAAGCAUAAUCGUUUGAUUAUUUUCGGUGGUAGAGCGGGUUCAGACAACUUUAGAGAUACAUGGGCCUUUGAUUUAAGUUCUAACGAAUGGAAAGAAUUAACAACGGGAGGCUCCAUCCCUGAGAAACGCUUUAGUAUGGUGUACGGCGCUGAUAAUGGAAGAAGUACUUUCUACGUAUCGACCGGAGAAUAUUCCGGAGAGGGUGAUUCUUCGAAACGCCGUUUCUUCGAUGAUAUUUUAGAGUUUGAUUUAAACACAGAACAGUGGAAGAGGCUCAGUGAUGGCUCUAACAUAAAACCUCAAGAACGAUACGGAUCUGCCGGAGGAAUAUUUGACGACGGCAAAGGUGUUAACGGAUUUUACAUCACGCAUGGUUUCUCUGGCACUCGAUACUCCAACACUCUUAAGUUUGACCUAGACAAAAACCAAUGGGAGGAGAAGUUUUCCGGCUCAAAUAACUACAAUCCAAAUUAUCCACACGCAAGAUGCUUACACACAGGAACACUGACAAACCCAGAUGAGCUGGUAAUGUAUGGAGGAUGUCUUGGAGGUGGGAUGACAGGUGGUUCAUGUCCUUCCAAAGAUAACUGGAAAUUUGAUGCAACCAAAACAGAAUGGACUCGCCUGGAGGAAUGUUCAACACCCCGGAUGUAUUCUGCAAUGGCCAUGUUGCCACCACUGAAUGGUAGUGAACGUAGAGCGGUGUUGUAUGCUGGGCAGGAAACGAGCAAAUCUGUGUUGGUGACGCCACGUUACAAGGCGAAUGAGAUUGCUGUCUUUAAUCCUGAUACAAAUAAGUGGGAAAGAAAAACAGUGGAGGGUACUUCACCAGCAAGAAGAGUUGGUCAUGUUAUGACGACGACUGAUAACGGGAUUGUGUUGUUUAGCGGUUCGGGAUCCGACGGUGAAGGUUUAUUAAACGACAUCUGGCUUUUGGAGGGAACAGCAGCUGAGGCUGAUAAAAACCCAUCUGCUGGUGAAUGUGGUUCGUCAGAUUUCAACCUAGUGGCGCUGCAUGGUAUUUUUAUGUUCAUUGGUUGGGGAGUGCUUCUCCAGGCUGGAGCCUUCAUUGCACGUUACUUUAGGCACAAGGACCCUUGGUGGUUCAAGAUGCAUCGUGGUCUUCAGGUGUCAGGAUUAUUAUUGACGAUUGCUGGCCUCAUCUGCGCCUUUAUUUCAGUCCCGUUUGAUCAUCUGAAGUUCGCUCACGGUGCACUAGGCAUAAUAAUUAUGAUCAUUGGCGUGGCACAACCUUUGAAUGCCGCUGUGCGUCCUCACAAACAUCCGGAUGGCUCAAGAUCAACUGGCCGAUUCAUUUGGGAGUUAGUACACAAAAAUAUCGGUCGUCUUGGUCUCAUUCUGGCCCUGAUUAACAUCUCUCUGGGACUCCUUCUUGCUGUGGCCCCCGUUGCCGCAUGGGCCGUUUGGUUCGCUCUCCUGGGCACCUUUGUAAUCGCGUACCUUGUGAUGGAGUUCCGUCUCAGGCUGAGUCAGAGGAGUUCGAAGACUGUGGCCAUCCCAAUGAAAUAGACCUUCACGACAAUGGAGGGACAUAGCUAAGGCAAAAAACAAAAGCAACGCGAAUACUUAAUCAGCCUUGAGGACCGGUUAUUAUUUAAGACUUGAAAAGCUGAAAGGGAGGGGGGGUGGGAUUUGGGUAUUUGGCUGUCUCGAUAAAAUUAUAUUAAAGGCUCUGUAAUGUUCUUAUGAUCUCCCCACCUCCCCCCUCCCCCCUCUUUUAUUGGCAGUUAAUCAGCAGUCAAUUUUCUUAAGUCCCCCUUUAUACUCUGUUCGUCACUUGGUCCCGCAAAAAAUCUUCCACCCCAGUCCCCUCAGGCGAUAGAUAAUGAGUGUUCACUCAGUAUUUUAAGACGAUGCCUUCUCGUCAUCAUUUGUGAAGAGACUGGAGCUUACUUGCAACUGACGUAGGGAUGUUGCACAAUGUAAAGUAAUGUGUAAAUGUACUUUUAUACAUGAUUUUAAUCAUAAACUCGUUCGUAGGAUGGGAUGUAUAAGGUUUGCUUCAGUACAAGGUCACUUAGAGAAUUUCUUUUUUUGUGGUUAUGCGUAUUUUAUCAUAUUUAUACAUCUUAUUUUGUGCAGUAGAAAUGUUAUAAUUUAAAUAAUUCAGAAUCAUACCUGAUAACCGAUAUACACGCGGUCAUUCAACCAAAUAUGCUUGGUGUGUUUUAAAGGAUGGCUCCAUUAGAGAGCACACACACAAUGAAAAUUUAAUUUGAAUCAUUCUUCAAACUUGCCUGUUGGCCGAAGGUUGGCCAAUUUAGCGCAACUCAAAUGAAAGCAAUGUUAAAAAUAAAAGAUUAUGAAUUUUUUUCCUCAUAA